AUGGCGUUCAGGUUGCGCUCCAUAAAUCUGCACUAUCAGUCCAUGAGCGAUCGCAAUCUGCAGCUUACCCACCCCCCUCCAGUAGCCCCCUCUCCCCCGCUGCAACUGCAGGGUCUGGCCAAUGCCAGCUGGUUUGAUGUGGCACCAGCACUUUCAGCUGUGGCCCAAAUGGACAAGCUCGUCUGGGAUGUGCCACGAUCUCACAGAAUAAUGGCG